AACGCGUUGCCGUGGUGGCCUGGGGAUGGAGCCGAUGGAACCGCGCCCGGGUCCCGCGGGGCCUGGGGUGGCUGAAGGGCCGCAGCCUGAGCCCGAGGGCGUGGGGGGACCGGGGCCCGUCUGCCCCUUCCUGUCCUGGAGCGCCGACGAGGUGGCUGAGUGGGUGGUGCAGCUCGGCUUCCCCCAGUACGAGGUGCGGGGCUGCCGGCCCGGGCGAGAAACCCCCACCCUCGGCACCGCCUGGACCGGUGGCCCUGAACUCAGUGUGUGUAUGAGCGUGUGCGUGUGUGAGCGCAGGGGGGCCGGUAGUGGCAGGGUGCGACCCGCCUUUCCCUCCGCUUCCCUGCCCAGGAAUGCUUCAGGGCCAACGGCAUCACCGGCCGCCGCCUCAUCCUCGCCAACUGCUCCAACCUCCCCGCCAUGGGCGUCACCGACUUCGGGCACAUGCAGGAAAUUUCACGACACGUGCGAGAGUUGCUGGGGAUUGAGGAGCCUCUCUUCAGCAGAUCCAUCACACUCCCAUACAGAGACAAUAUGGGUCUCUUCCUAGAGAGAAAGGCACCGACAGGAAAGAAAGCAGAUGCCCUCACUUUCUCACAGUUUAUCCAAAAAGCAGGACUGGAGCCCUAUACUACAGUUCCUUCUUUGCAAGGAUCCCAGACCAUGGUGGGAGUGGAUGCUCUCCCUGCAUCGCAGGACAUGCAGAGGCAGAGUUAGAGACUCAUGCUGCACUUUUGCCUUUACAAGAAGCCCAGCAGCCACAGCAGACUGUACCCUCAUCACCUUGCAGAUUGUUCAAGGAAGUACAGUUCCACUUUUUCACAAUUCCAAAAACUGCCACUGCAGCUCUUAGACAUUUGAUUACACCAAACCCAUUCCCACAUUGUAUCUUUUCUGCAAUCCUUCAUUUGCUUACAGGAACCAAGUGAAGUGGAGGUUGUAAAACAGACUGUAGCAUUGUCUGUCUUUCACUUCUGCUUCACAGUUGAUUAAAAGAGACCAAAAACCAA